UGUGUACAUUGGAAACAUUCUUUUGAUGCGAAAUUACGGGAGCAUCUAGUUUGACUUCAUUGUCUCGUUAUUACGUAAACAUGGCACUAGGGUGAUGGGAUAUAUUGCUGUAAUGGUGGUAAAUGUCAACUAGAUCGCUGGUGGUUUGAUAAACACCUUUGAAUGUCACCAUGGUCACCCAUCUGUCCUGAUGUGAUGUACAAUGUCGAGGAAGACUGACAAGAGACGAACUGGCCUCCAAUGUGAGAACAAGAAGCUGGAGCGUGAGAUAGAGGAGCUGGAAGAUGCUCUACUGCUACACAAACACAUCCACAACUCGGACCAGGCCAGCAUCCGAUCCACUCUCAGGAAGGAGGUGGGCGGGUCGAGGUGGGAGCACGGUGGACAGGGCAGGCUGAGGACGUACAAAUCCAGCAAGGACCUGGAGGAGAGGUACAGCCUGGAGGAGGUGUCGGUGGAGCCAGGGGAUAUGUCAGCAGGGGUAGGGGGGAGGAGGCGAGGAGCUGCGGAUACCCUGGAGGAGAAGGAUCCACAGUUGGUGAAAGUCGGCAGUGUCGAUCGAGUGAGGUCGUCAGCCAGGCUACGGAGAGAUAACCGAAGACAGAGGGAUCAACAAAAGACUUCAUCGAGACCUGCCUCCGGGAAAGCAUCAUCUAGUCAUCAACCCGUCAGGGGGAACUCUACCAAGGAGUCUGUCUCCACUGUUGUCACAAAACAGCCCAGUGGUUCCAGAGCAACGGAUGCUGUCUUAAAAGGAAAGCUGUCUCAGGAUGGCUCUGCAAAUUUAGAUGGAGAACUUUUUCCUACAGAUCCUCUGAAGAUUGAUAGUCUCAAACAUAAAGUUCUUCAGAAAGUCAGUGCUAACGUCAUCCGCAGACCUCCCCCUCUGGACCCUCAGGAUGAUGUCAUGGUAGAGCAGGUGCUUGUGGACCACCUUCCAUCCCGGACUCCUGGUAACAGGGAGAAGGUGACUGAACCUAAAGUUAUGGCCUCUGAUAAGAGACAGAGUGAUGUGAAUCCACCAGAACAGGCCAGUAGACGUACACAAGAUUCCAGAAAAGCUGCUCGAGCUCCUGCAGAAGAUUAUAUCAAUAUGGUUGCAGGCAAUGAUUUGAAGUCUUGUGAGACUCCUGCUAAAAAGACAAAAAGGGCACAAGUUAGAAAUAAUAAAGACCAGACGGAGAUGAGGAAGAACAGACAAAACUUGAAGUAUGGUGUGGGUGGUAAAGUCGAUGAGUCCAAAGUAACAAAGGUUGUGAGUAGGUCUAAACUUGAUGAGGUGAAGCUUGCUAUUAAUGAAGUGGAAAGGGUGAAUGUAGAGGAGAAUUCGGUAUCCUCCAAUCCAAAAUCGUUUAAACCAUCACGGGAGGUUCUGACAAGUGAUUACAGCUCAGAUCUGGAGACCUCACCCGACCGUUGGGACGAUCCUCAGUUUGGAGGAGCAUGUUUUGAAAGGGAAGCAUGGCUGGCCUCACUGCACAAAGCUGGUGAUGCUGGGGGACGACCACGCUGUCCUCCACCAUCGGAUGAUGUCUCGGACACACCUGUUCUAGGAGGAAUGAUGAUGGACUUGAGGUCUAGAGGUGUCACUGUUUCUCUUCUGGAACCAAAUGUUGCCAAUGGAUCUGGAGACUCUUCGACAGGGAACAAGAUGGUAUGUGACCCAGGUGUUGUCUCCUGGCUACAAGAUCUAGGAUUGAGGGAGUGUAGUCGGUAUAUCGAGGUGUUUGCUGAGAAUGAAAUUGAUAUGGAGACCGUGAAGGAUUUAACAGCUGACCAGCUGAACCAAAUGGGCAUCACAGCUGUCGGACCAGUCAACAAGAUCCUCCGAGCAGUGUCAGUCCUCAAGUCAUCUCCUCCCUCGGCAAAUAUGACAGUAGAUGAGUUGCUGGCUGCUGUAGGAUCGAGUCUGAAACAAAACACCUCAGAGGUGUCUAGAACUGAUGAAAGAAGAGGGAGAUUACGAGGAAAGGUGGCAAAGGAUGAAUUUGAUUUUUCUGUAUUCGCUGGGGAAGAGGGAAAGGAUGAGAUAAAGAAUAAACUAAGGGAACAGAAUACAAAGACAUUGACUUCAGAACGUUUAGAAAAGGAAGUUUUCUUAGCAUCAGAGAAAAAAGGAACUGAUCUUGUAGUUGAAAAACAUGAGUUGGAUAGGAGACCACCAGUAGACAGAAAGUCUUCUUUUGACUCUCAGAAAGAUACAAAACAGCCAUUAGAUGAAUCAAAAGCAUUGACUCGUAAACAGAGGACGCCGCUUCAAAGAAGCUCCUCUGCAUCACGUGUACAAUCUGACAGGGAUAGGAGUUUAAGUAGUGAUGGUUCAACCAGGGGGAGACAACUCACACGCCAAAAGUCAGUGCAAUCAGUGCCUAAGCGGUUACCAAGUGGUAAGAAGAUGGCUGCAAGAGAUGACAGUGCUGAUGGCAGGGCUAAAGUCAGUAAGGCAAAGUCUAGUAAGAUAAGAUCUUUGGAAGUUAUUAAGAAACAAGCAGAAGCAGGGAUUUCUGCUGCAGCUCAGAAGCGAGAAGACAUUCAGACAAAAACAAAGAAGGAGACGAUGCAGCUGCAGCGAAUGGAAGAGAGCAGACGUCAGAGGAGAGACAAGAUGGCUGCCAAGCACACUGGGAGAGGGAGACUGGACAGCAAGGGAUCCUUGCAGUUGUCACACAGGCCUCAAGGGUCAGACCAGGACCCCCUGGAGUUCUUCUCCCUGCCAGCAGACCCAGGCAACAAGGAGACCAGUCAGAUCUCACCCCGGGACACUAUCAACGAUAACUUCCCCAUCAGAGUGGAAACAGUUCUCUCGACACCAAUUCCAGCUUCGCUCUCUCCCAGGAAGGGAGACAACUCAACAACUGAAACGUCUCUUAGUGCCAGAGAGAAAAUAAGAAAUGUGGACUUAAUGGUAAGGGAUCUACAAAGAAAAUCUGUGGAUAAACAAAAACUUACCCUUGGCAUUGUACGCGACCUUCAAAAACAGUUGGAGGAGAUAGAAAAAGGUCUGGCUUCAAGAACUAAUGAAGAGUUGCAGCUGGUACCAGAGGAGGUUUCUAGUCCAAAGUCUGACAUGGAAUCACAGAGACUCAAAACACUGCCCGAACAGUCUAGUCCCAGAGACAAUCCUGCCUCAGACAGAAGUGCCAAACAUAUAAAACUGACUUCUGUUAAGAAACCUGCACUUAAAGAACCUUCUGGUGAUGUCUUACAUGACCUUGUGAAUGACCUUGUGCCCAGGAAAUGUAAAGGGAAAGAAGAUGCUGUGCAUCUGUUGACCAGUGCAAGUGUCGGUAAGCAAGGUCAGAGUUCAAGGUCAAAAGUGCAUCAGCCGUCUGGAGUGGCAUCCUUGUCGAUGAGCAAGAGGGAACUGCUAGAUGAGAUCCGAAAAGAGAAAGAUGAUCACAGGAAGCAGAUCAGGCACCUCCAGUCUGAGCUGACCCGUCUGCAGCACAAGGACCCGGUCCGUAAGUCGGAACUAGACUACAAGGACCUUCAGUACCAGGAGACAGAUCUGAUUGGCGAGGGAACAUUCUCCCAUGUUUACCGAGCCCGCUAUCAGGGAGCCGACGUGGCAGUCAAAUGUCUGAAGGUGCCGCUGUCAUCUCAGAACAAGAACUAUUUCGCUGCAGAGGUAUGCCUACUGCGUGACCUUCGCCAUCCACGGGUUGUCAUGCUGAUCGGCGUCUGUACGUCACGACGUUUGCCGCUCAUGGUGUUGGAGUACAUGUCUAAAGGAAACCUCUUUGCCUUGCUGCAUAAUCCUAACAGAGAGUCUCUGGACCAUGCUGAAUACUACCAGAUAGCCCGAGACAUCGCUGCUGGGAUGGUGUAUCUUCACAACCAUCGACCGUCAGUCCUCCAUCUUGAUCUCAAGUCCAUGAACGUUCUCAUUGGGACAGGAGAUCGAGCCAAGAUUGCUGACUUUGGCUUCUCGAAGCUCAAACAUGAAGCUGAUCAGAAUGCUGCCAAGGCCAGCAAGGUCAAGGAGCAGAUUCAAGGGUCUCCAGCAUGGAUGGCACCAGAACUGCUCCAGGCAGGGGAGGUAACUCUCAAAGCAGACGUGUACAGUUUUGGCCUCAUCCUGUGGGAGAUGCUGACCAGGAAGAUCCCGUAUGAGGGGAGCUCCAUGUUCCAGAUCCUCGAGAAAGUGAGAUUGAACAAGCGUCCUGAGAUUCCAAGUGAGUGUCCUGCAGAGCUGGCAGGGUUUAUAUCCAGGUGUUGGGACAACAACCCAGCCCGGCGACCGGUCUUCAAGGAGGUGUUGUCCACACUGGAGAGCCUUUCCUUCCCCCCUGACUGGAGAGCUCUGUUCCAGCAAGCUGGGGUUCCCCAGGAAGCUCUGGAAGAUGUCCAUUCAACACGCAACAUCAUCUCACUCGUCACAUCAACUCUGGAGUCAUCCAAGCUGGCCAGCCUCCUGGAUGCUACAGGUCAAGGUCAAGGUCAAGGUCAAGAUCAAGAGAUGUGCGAAUUGAGUGAUGUCUCAGAAUCUGGAUCAUCUGAGAUUGAUGGAGAUAUUGAUGAAGAUAUUGACGAGUCAUCUGAUAUGAGUGAUGACAGUUUGGAGAGUGAGGAGAAAGACAACUCUGAUGAUUCUCCUGUGCGUUCAAGAACAACAUCUGCUCGUUCCCUCCGGGAACACAAACAGGAUAUUUUGUUGUUAGGUCAAGAAGUGGCUUCUGUCUCAAGUUCUAGUUUGACAAGGAAAAUUGAGAAACUCAGUCUAGAAAGUGUUGAAGAUGAACAAAAUGUGAAUGAUACUGAUCAUGAUGACAAAAUACCAGCUUCAUCUGAGACAAAAAAUAGCCAGUCUCAGUUAAAAGCAGCUUUACUGCAAGAAACAUCUAAAACAUCAGCAUCAGAUUCCCCAAGGCAGAGGAGAAGAGACAAGGACAAAGGCAGUGCUAGGAGAGGAAGACAAUCAUCAUCGCCAGAAAGUGCUGUGUCCAAAUUUUCUGAACUACCCACCCCCAGGAGGAGUAGAGAGGCAUGGAGUUCCGAGAACAUUCCAGCAUGUCCAACCUCUCCAGACUUCCCCCACAACCACAUCCCCCCUCCCCCUGCCCCCCCUCCUCCACCACCACCACCCCUCCCACCACCAUCAAAUCCAGUCAAAGUCAAAUCCGGAAAGGUAGAGCCUCAGCGUAAGAAACAUCAAAAUGUUGUCCUUACUCCUCAAAUACUGGAAGCGCGGACUCAGAAACUGAAACCUUUAAAGAGAGACCGGGAUCCAAAGAAGGGGGCAACUAGGCCCAGAAUCACCCCGAAGCCAGUGAGGAGUGCUUUGUUUGCCGUGGGUGCCUCAGAUCUACAGAAACAACGAGGCAAACUGAAACCAACACAACAGCCCCACCCUAACCAGCUGGAGGACCUGGCCCAAGUGAAUGGCAAAACCCUGUCCUCGAUAGCUGAGAUACUCAGAGGUGCCAUGUCAGAACGAAGGUUUGCAAUGGGUGAGGAUCUCUCAGCAAGUUGUGACCAUGCCCAUUCUGACUUGAGUUGGUCCACGCAAGAUGACUGAAGUAACCAUGGUAACAUGCGACACUGCCGCUAAUCCUUGGACUAUUGUUGCAUUUCAUAAUGUGCCAUUACUUGAUGUCCUGGACAACAUAAUGCCCCAUACAGAUCAGUGCACAUCAUGAUGGGCCACGUCCUGCCUCAUCACCAUGACAACCGUAUCAGCAGCUGCUAGAACGUAACCAUUUACUGCUAAUGCUUGGACUAUUGUUGCAUUUCAUAAUGUGCCAUUACUUGAUGUCCUGGACAACAUAAUGCCCCAUACAGAUCAGUGCACAUCAUGAUGGGCCACGUCCUGCCUCAUCACCAUGACAACCGUAUCAGCAGCUGCUAGAACGUAACCAUUUACUGCUAAUGCUUGGACUAUUGUUGCAUUUCAUAAUGUGCCAUUACUUCAACUGGAUGCCCUGGACAACAUAAUGCCCCAUACAGAUCAGUGCACAUCGUGAUGGGCCACGUCCUGCCUCAUCGCCAUGACAACAGUAUCAGCAGCUGCUAGAACGUAACCAUUUACUGCUAUGCUUAUACUGUCCCACAUCCACUGGUUGCCAAUACAUUGCUACGAUUCACGUCUUCAUAACUCUUCCCCAAAGUCCAGUGCUGAUACUGCAACGGCCUCACAAGCUCGGGGUUCAAAUUAAGGAAUAUCGUAGACAUAUUGGUACUUCAAAAUCGUUUGUAGCUGAGUAACAGUGGAUGCUAGAUAAUAAAAUCAGAGCAUUACAUGGCUACCAUUCCCAUUCUCCAUGGGUACAAUGUGAAGACAAUUCUUGCACACUCUGGCAUGAUAAAUGUAACUGUGGAAGUGGGAUGGUCAUUGUCAUGCAUAACAUCCAAGACAAUAUGUGGUUCCUCUUCUUAUUCUUAUUUUGUUUGAGAUAUGGUGAUAAUAUUGCAAGAGCAAGGUGUAUUCCUCUAGGCCAUGUGCCAGCAAAUACCAGCAUGAGAACACAGGAAAACAGGUGCUUGUUCACUGGUACAGGAAAGAGACAACUCAACGUGCAAACCAACAGUUAUUGAACUCAUUCCCAGGAGAUGUACAAAUGUUAGACAGUUCCAUCCAGUCCUUGUCAUCAUUUGGAUUUGAAUGGGAGUGUCAAUACUAUGCCAACAUGUACCUUAGCAAUCUGUUCCUGGAGGAUAGAGUGAAAACAAGUGAUCAUGGUGUUUUGACUGGAUUGCCCAGUACUAGAUAGAUACUGGUGUGUGUCAAGAACCUCUUUUCAGAAUGUUAAAGGUUGGGCCACAUACGAGACAUCCAAUAGUUGUAUGUUUUAAUCUACGCAGAACGAGGUACGGUGCUCCCAGUUGACAAUAACAGGAUUGGUUCUGCUGAUACACAUCUGGAUAAGUGUUGAUAAACAUGUUUACCAGCUGGUGCAUAAACAGGUUUCAUCCCGACUUCACUCUGGAUUUUCUGCUAGCAGGAACAGUUAUGGCAGAGCUUCAGGUUGUGAAAAUGGACAAAUGUUUCUCCAGCUGGUGCAUAAACAGGUUUCAUCCUGACUUCACUCUGGAUGUUCUGGUUGCAGGAACAGUUAUGGCAGAGCUUCAGGUUGUGAAAAUGGACAAAUGUUUCUCUUUAUUAUUAUUUAUUUGAAGCACUAUAACCAGCCAUGAUGACUAUAGUUUCUCCACAGUGACUUGCUAGAAUCUCCGGCAUGACUUGUGUUGUCAGAAUCUGUAGCAGGUUAGAUGGUUUUGAUAGAACGCUUAUCUUGCCUAACUUGCCUAACUUGCAGUACUAUCCACAAGGUCUCAUGAUGUUGUCCCUGCAAUGUCCUUCUUUUCUGAGACUCAUAGUUCCAAUAUAAGUAAAUGUAUAUCUUGUGAAAGUGUUGUUUAUGUUCUAUGGCUUAAAAAAGUAAAAGAAUUGGUUUUCAGUCAAUGGCUUUUGAAAAUAUAGCAUGUAACCAAAUAAAUAGUUUCGUACAAUCAACCUGGGAAAGGGCCUCCUGACAUAAAUGCAUUCCUUGAUGCAUAAAAUACUGGAAUACAGUAUUUGACUACCGUUUGACUUGAAAUAUUUAAGGAUGUUUUGGGUUUUUUUUAAAUGAAAAUAAAAACGAAACGUGUGGCGAACUUUAUGAUGAUGCGGGCGGUUCCUGAGAACCAAUACUAUUAUAUUUUUAGCCUUUGUGUAAGUGUUGUUAAAGGCUUGUACCAUAAUUACUUCAUUGCUAAUGCCAGGGAGCGUAGAAAUGCUGAAAGAAGUACUGCUCUUAUCGUGGACAUGAUAGCUACAGGACAAGUGACAGUAUAUUAUACUACUCAAAAAAUGUUAAGGAUUGCCCGAUUCUUCAUAUUUCUAAAGUUAAUCUGUUAUGCCAUAACAGAACUUCCUUUCAUAUUACUAUAGUUGAUGUGAAAUGAUUCAAAUGUUGAGGUUCACUUUUGAAGACUGUGACAAAUGAUUAUUGUGGUGGUGUGUUCUACGUUAGUGCACAGGGCUUCCAUUAUGACUGUUGUGGAUUCAAUAUUGUGAAUAGUGAGAGUGAACUCAAUCUUAAAAUAGUUGAAGUCGCUAAUAUUUGACUUUUAUCUAAUUAGAAAUUAAAAAUGCUCUCAUGAAUCUUAUAAUCUCAUGGAUCAUCUAAUAAUGCCCUAUUUUUCUGUAUUCUACAAAAGUCUUGAACAUCAGGGCUCCAGAUAAGUUUUUGAGCCAGUGAAUAUUUACGUUAUCAUUCACAUUGGGAAGGUAUUGACAGUUCUCAGUGAGUCCUACUCUCUUGGGUCGAGUCUAUUUGGUUUGGUAAACCGAUGAGUAGACAUUUCGAAGUUUAUUCUACGUCGAUGCUGUUUCAGGUAGCGUCUAAUCAGCAAGUCUGCUUGUGCUGUCUCAAGAGUCGGGACGGUCGGAUAGCCUAGUGGUUAAAGCGUUCGCUCAUCACGCCAAAGACCCGGGUUCGAAUCCCGACAUGGGUACAAUGUGUGAAGCCCAUUUCUGGUGUCCCCCGCCGUAAUAUUGCUGGAAUAUUGCUAAAAGCGGCGUAAAACCAAACUCACUCACUCACUCAAGAGUCACAUGUUGCAUAACCUCAUAGCAGCGUUACAUGUCCAAGUUACAAAAAGCAAGAUGUUGCACAUUUGUGCAUAGAUGCCUGCAAUCAGUCAGGAAAAAGAAAAUCUUUAAAGACACUAUGUACACAACCUGAAAAAGCUACAUCGGGUAAUUAUGAAGUGUUGUUACACUACUGGGUUAUUGAAUUUCUUAAUGCGUACAUAAUUUAUGCGUUUGUAUGCCAUAAGCUCAACAUUAUUUGGGUUAUGGUGGUUUAGUCUGCGUAGUUACGCAAAUCACAGCUUAUCUGGAGUUUCAGAACAUGUUGAACAGCAAGGUAGAUAUGAGUUUUAAGAUGACAAAAUGGAACCAAAAAUCUUAAGGAUCGUGAAUAUUUUGGGGGAUAUUUUUUGUAAUGAAGACGGAGCACACAAUUUGUAAUAAAUUGCCCCGAAAACAUUAAUGAUCCCUAAUGUUUUUUGUUUGGUAUAUCGCAUGAGAGUUGAAAUUGAAAAGGUUUUUCUUGUUAAAAGCACCAGUUAAUUCUAUGCAUUUUAUGUUUGUUGUGUAGUCUUCUGUUAAGACUGUUGUACGUGUAUUUAUAAGGUUGUUUUAACCAAACUCUAGUCUUAUACUAUUUAUUUUUUAUAGUGAAGCACUAUAAAGAAUCACUUGUUACUCUUCUAAAUGUAUAAUUGUGCUUGUGUAGAUUCUCAAUCAUCAUUUCGUGGAUCCUGUGUUUGGAGUUUCCCCAUCAUAAACAUUCAAGCUUAAAGGUUUUUCUUUUAGUUCUUACUUAUGUUUGAUAUAAAAAAUUGCAUUUCAAUAUUUUGAAAUAGUUCAUAUGGCUUUUGUGAUGCAUCAUAAUCAUAGUGUUGGAGGCAGAUCAAUCAUUCUCAAAGUUCUUCUAAUUAUACGGAACAUUUAUACACUUAAAAACACAGCUAAUUGGAAAUUAUGGCAUGUCAUUUCAAAAUACUUCUUUAAGCCGUAUGGGUCUCUAUACAGUGGGGGCGUCGGGUAGCCUAGUUGUUAAAGCCUUUGCUUGUCACACGGAAGACUUGUGUCCAAUUCCUACUUGGUGCAAUGUGUGAAGCCCAUUUCUAGUGCCCCCUGCCAUGAUAUUGCUGGAAUAUUGCUUAAAGCAGCGUAAAACAAUACUCACUCUCUCUAUACAAAGUACAAUAAAGGAGAUACUAAUUCUACUGUAGAUCAGGUAAGUUAAUAAUGGAAUUUUCUAUGCCUAAUAAAUCUUCUUGCUAGAUAAUUUCAGCUUCACUGACAGCUUAGGAUAUGUUGUCGGUCCGUAAUUUACAUAUUGAGACAUAACAUGACCUUGGGUCAUAGCAUUUAAGGGGGCAAAAGUAGACUUACCAUAUUUGCCGUAAUAAGCAUCCCAGGCGUUUAGAAAAUUGACGAGGAGGAGUGCUUAUUAAAACCAUACACAAUGAUAUAAUUCUGUUUUGUGUUGUGAUUUUGUGAACCAUCUCAGUUCAAACAUCUGAAACUAAAACCAUUUUCAAUUAUAGUUCUAAGGAAAUUAUACACCCCUUCCACACAGCUGCUGUCUCUAAACAAUGUGUAAUGUACACAAGAAAAUAUUUACUGUCAUGUAAAUUUUUGCUGUUAUACAGAGGCACUUAUAAAGAAUACUUACAGAUUGGUCUAGAAGUUGGUCAGGGGCAUUUAAUACGGCAAAUAUGGUUUGUCUUAUUGCUUAUUGGUUUUCAUAUUGAGGUAGCUGUGUUGUCGUGCUGUAGUUCCUUUAAGAUUAUUAAAUAUUGCAGUUAAUGUUUUAUUCAUCGCUAAACCAUGCUACGUUUAGUUAUUGGUGCAUACCACUGAUCGGACAUGACAUACCUGUGAAUUUAUUGCUGGACGAUUGAAGCCCUGCUUCACUAGACAAGUUAAGAAAUGUCAAUUACAAAGAAAUUAAAUCUUAUACUGCCCAUUUCUGGUGAUCUUGCUGGAAUAUUGUUAAAAGCGACAAUAAACCAUACUCACUCACUCACUCUUCGCUCAAAAAGGAAAAGACAUAACAAAUUUUCUUGAGUUUAACAUCCUCUAGCAGGAGGCUUGCUAUACCAUGUGCAUAUAUAUUACCAUAUUCCGUCCUGUGUUUUAUAUUCACGAUGUAAAAUGGCAUUUUACCAUGUUUACUAUAUUGGGAUCAAUUUAGUUUUGUUAUACAGAUGUCAGUUAUAUACGAAUGAACUCAAACUGCACAGAAUCACUUGUUCGUCCAAUAUCCGUCAAUAUCUGUAAAUCAAUGCAAACAGCUAAUUGUCAUGUCUCAAGUUUUUAAUAAACCAAUAAACAAUGA